AUGGACCGACGACGAGGUGCAGUCCGCCCGGCUUCAAGCGAAGAAGUGCAAUGCUGGUCGCAUGCAGCCAAAUCAUUAUCGGCGCUGUCAACGUUGUACGCCCACAACACACAGAACGACACAGUCGGACGGGUAAAUCGUCUGAGCUAUGUUUGGCCAGUCGAUGGUACCAUGCCACCCCAAGGGUUUGACGAAGUCAAGCGAAUUUAUCGCAAGCUCAAUUCUGGUCUGGAGGAAAUCCAGCGGUCAUCAGAUCAAGAAGUGAAGGCGAUUGAAGAGGCGAUUGAGCGCCUCGAUGUGCUUAUUGGGCUGCGGAAGGCGCCUGAGCCAGCCGACAAAAGAACAAAACGCCCUAAAAUCCCGUCUCCAUCUCUUCCGCCUGCCGUAGCGCCAAUAGCCCCGGCACCCACCGUCAGUGUCCCCACGCGAAUAUCCAUAACUGUGCCUGCUCGCGCCUCUGUUGGGCCACCUGCUGCUCCAGCACCCCCGACCCGGGUUCCAAAGGGAAAAAAAGAGGGUAUACUUGCUCAGCUACCCCUACUUCCGGGUCGCAAGGUGGCGUUUUACCCGCCACUGGGCAAGUUAAUAGGACCGAGCAGCGUAAAACCGCCAGCAUCCGACGCGCCAACCAUCGAUACCGGGGAAAAUAGUUGGAUCCUCGCCGUCGUGGUCCGAUGUCUAAGCGCAGACAAAACACGGCAAGCACAUUCCCUAUUCUCCAAACUCGCUGACUCAGCGCGUGUGAAGAUACGAGGUCCAGGACCCGGAGCCUCAAGAAAACGGCCAGCUCGGACUGUCAUACGACUGAUAUUUUCUCUCUCUCUCUCUCUCUCUCUCAGCUAUUAUCAUACAUCCCUCAAAGGCAUAAUACCCCUUCCUGACCCAAUGGCCGACGAGAAAUCCCCCACGCACAUCAACGCGUAUCAAGAAUUUGUGCAGGGGGCCGCCGUCAUGGCGCUGUACCCCGACACGAGCUGCUUCUAUCGCGCAGAGGUGGUUGCGACGCCAAAGCAGCUGGCGCGGACGAAUCCAACUGCCAAACACGUGUACAAGCUGAAAUUCGAGGACGAUGACAAUCAAGAGCACUCCGUGCCUGCGGAGUGGGUGGUCGAAUGGCCGAAUUUGAAGAGCGUCUGA